UUUUUUAAUCCCAAACCCUAGCUACAACUUCAGUACUUGCAUUUGCUCUCUUGCUCUUAUUUUCUCUUCACUAAAAUCUGCUCUCUCAACAUGGAUGAAUUCGAUCUUCCCCUACUAGAGGAUUUGGUCCUUGAUAAUCAAUUGGCAGAUUUCAUCUAUUUCAUUACUGGAGCAACACCUGAUCAUGUUUGCAUUAAGGUGAUGAAAGCCAUUCCAGAUUUCCAAAAGGGCGAUGCUGCCAAAUUCAUCAUCGCCGCUGUAAUUUCUGCUGCAAAACAAAGGAAUCAGCUGGAGAAAUUUCUCGCACUGCCUGGAAUGGAAAACGUUGCUGGAAUCUUAGGCAAACACUUUUCGUUCAAAGGUGGAGUUAAUUUCACCGAAAUGAAUCUGCUUGGUCAUAUGUUUUUAGCCUGCGGUUUGAAGUCUGUAGGGGCGAUUGCUGCUGUGAGACAGAAAUUCAACGCUAUACACAUUUGGGAUGCUGAUUUGUCAAAGGCAAGCUUAACCCCAAAGGAUCUUGAACUGGUGGAGAGUAAUGUUAAUGUUCUGCAAUUCGAAUUUGCUCAUGUUGUGAAAAUUGGUCUUCCAACAUUACUUGCUCUGGUUCAGAAUGAUAAAAAAUUGGGGCCACUCGAACCUGCCCCAACUGCUGUUGAUAAUGGUGGAUCAUCUACUGUCCUGAAAUCCGAGCCUGUUGAGAAGAUGAAAUUUUGGUUUGGUGGGAGUGAUGGUUCGAGUGGAUCAUAUCAGAUUUACUCCGCAUCUUAUGAUCAACGCUUGGUGAGUUUGGAGGAGCAGUUGCAGCAGAGUCGGGAUGAACUGCAGCGGGAGCGAGAGGAGCGGAGACACGCAGAGGAGCGAAUGAAAGCACACGUACUUGCUCAGCAUGAGUUUCUUGUGCAGCUUUGUGCACAAUCGGGAUUUCCUCCACCACCACCACCAACUCUCUUCGUCGAGUGAUUGUAAUAGACAAGAAUCGAAUUUAAUUACCUUUUUGUGGAUGCUCUGCUUUUGAACUAAGUUGUGGAUACUUGUAAUAUUUAUUUGCAACGUUAAGUUCUAGUUUAGUUGAAUGUAUAUUUAGGGGGUGUAUUAGUUCCAAAAUUGUGUAGAUUUUAAAAGUUCGUGGAUUUUAGAAAUCUAUAGAAUUCGGACGGAGUCUUCAUGAUUUUGAAUGAAUUCUUUGACGGAUUUGCCAUGAA